CGUGCGGAUCUGUUUUGUGAGAGCUCGCGACCGGGGGGGAAACAGGGAAGCUUGGAGAAAGUCGGCUGAAACCUAAAGCAACGACAGUUUGUGCUACUCCAACCGCUGUUUUUAAUAGUUGUACACCUCGACAUCUACUAGACACGAAGGAAAAGUGUUUAGCGGACUCCGGGAGAUAUCGCGGCCUGAAAAGUUGACGGUUGUUCGGGUGAACUUGUCUCCGACUUGUUGCUGUUGUGGUGGAUAUUAGCGACGACGGGAAAGCCGCAGGAGGAAUAAUGUUGCCGCUGUCCCUGUUCUGACCCAGCUUCAUUUCCCUCCCAGACACACGGGAGAAAGACAAGAGGGGAUACAGAAGUAAAGAAAUAAGAGAUAAAAACAAAGAGAACGGGGGGAGAAAUGGCCGAGGCAAGGUCAGAAGAAGAGGAGGAGAGCAUGAGGAGAGAAACUCGGGAACAAGUGGUCCGGAGACAGCCAAACAGCUCCGGAGGUCGUCCUGACCGCCGUAAGCCAGAGCAUCGUCACAGCCAAGGCCCUCUUUCGUCCCUCAGAGCAGCCAUCAAGAGGACCUCCACCAGGCCGACUUCUCUCUUAGAGACACCCAGGGACAGAGAUAGAGAUAGGGACUCGGACAGAGACAGAGACAGAGAUAGAGAUAGGAGGCGACCAGAGAUCACCAUCCUGUCUGCAGAGCCUUUGGCCUCCACGUCCUGGUUCCCUGGGGCGGCUGGAGGAUUCCCUCCUCCCCCUCCUCCUGCUGCACAGAUCUGGGGGUCUACGAUCCCUCCCGCCAUACAGCCUCCUCCUUCCUAUGAGGAGGUGAUCAGAGAGAAGACACAGGAGCAGGUCCUCCUCCCAUCUUCCUCCUCUUCUUCCUCAUCCUCCUCAUGCCCAGUCUCUUCAAUAACCAUCGCGACACAGACCGAUCCGGGAUCCUCCCCUGAUCCUCAGGAACCACAAGUAAGGAGACCAGUGAGACCCCCCCGGCCGCCUCUUCCAAACCCUCCAAAAUCAACCAACGUUGAGAACGUCACCACCACCAACUGCCAAUCGGCGCUCACGUCUGUUGACAUUGUCAGUGUGGUGCCGCAUGCAUGUUCUGAGACGGCUGCACACGCCUCCACAGACACACAAUGCUGUGAUCUCCUCACUGAGCUGUGUUCACCUUUGACCUCAACCUGCAGCGCGCAGACUGAUCAAUGGGAUCAGAGUACUUCUUCUCAUGUGGUGCCUCCUCUUACCACCAGCCCCCCUGUCCCAUCGAAGCGUCCCACACCACGUCCUCGGUCUAAGCUCGCUGUCCAACCAAUCAGCAGCUCGGUAAAAAUUCAGACUUUGGUGAAACUGCGAGAGGACGGUUUGGCCACAUUAGCCAAACGUGCCGAAAGUGUUAGCACCGACCAAGAAAAGAGUCAAGGAAAGUAUCUCCAGGAGCUGCUGGAGGCCUUCAGCUCGGACGACUGGGGUUUCCCUGAUCACCGCAGUGACAACAGCGAGCUCAGCCAAUCAGAGAGCGAGGAAGGGGAGGCGGAAGAGGACGCAGAGGACAUGGCGGCUCUGAGAGCAAGGAUACAAGCUUUUGAACAGCAGCAGCAGGUGGCUGAUGGGAGCUGUGGAGAUGCUAACAGACAAACUGGGACUGGUCAGGGGUUUGCUGUUCCACAGAGACCAGAACCUCGACCACGUCCUCGUCUCCAGGGGCAACCAGCCAAAUCUGUGCCUCCUGUUAUUGCUCCAAAGCCCAAGAGCUUUUCCCCUGGUCCCAAACCAUCCAGCAAAGUAUUCUGGGAAGAUGGAGGUUUAACUACAGCACAAGCAGAACUGAGUUCAGCUGAAACAACUGAAACCUCAUCUGCAGAAUUAAACUCUAAACUUCAGACUGUUUCAGAGCCAGCAGAGUCUUCUACCACAAAAUCUGCUCCCAGUUUAGAAAUCCAGCCUUGUAAAACCAUUGAAACCCCCUCCCUGCUGCCAAAACCACAAUCUGUUACAGAAACCCUAUCAUCUAAUACCCCUGCCCCUGUCCCUGCUCCAAGGCCGCCUCCACCCAAAUUAUCCCCCUCACUCAGUGGCACUCCCUCCCCACCAAACCCGAGACCUCCACCCAGACCUCCAAUUGUCCCCAGAGCCAGUGUGGGAGCUCCACACCAAGAUCAGACCACUGUGGAGGUUGGCAGUGGCACACAGACUAAAACUCAGGCUGGAAGUGAACCAACCCAGAGCACUACAACCCAAACUGUGAAAGAAGGAAGUGUGCGUCCCGGCGUCCCGACCAAACCAGCAGCACUGACUUCACCCCGCAGAGCCAGUGCACCAAAUCUGGCCCCCAAACCCAUCUCAGUCUUGCAGACACCUCCUGAUCCAAACCCGGCUCCCACCACACCUACACCUGCCGCCGCUCUUACCACCCCAAGACUGUCAGGACCAGCCCUGACCAAACCUCCAAGUCCAGCUCCAGCCAUGAGGAAAAGCCCACUGGUCCACACCAAGAGUGAAAUUAUAAGUUCUACAAACCCAAGCUCUUCAGACCCUCCUCUCCCCCCACGCCCAUCAAGUGUGAAGCUCCUCCCCCUUCGCCCUCCACCUAUCAAAUCUGUCCCUGUGAGGCCACCACCUCCAGCUGUUAACUCAUCCUCCUCGUCCAGCCAGAUGGUUCCUCCUCCUAAAGUUACUCCUCCCGUUGGAGUUAAAACGUCUUCGUCUCUGUCCUCAGUGUCAGCCAAUCAGAUUCAGGCACAGAGGGCAGCUAAAAAAGGGCCACCUCUGCCACCCCGCCCCAAACCUGGACACCCUCUUUACACCAGCUACAUGAAACAGGAAGUCCUGAUCGUCCUGGACGACCCAAGCCCCGCCCCCUCUGAGCUUCUCUCAGUUGAAGGGAAGGGUCAAACCACCAUCCCUUCUCUCAUCAACCCAUCACAGUGUCUCUUGGACUUGGAAACCCAACCAGAACCUGUCCAAAAUGAGGACAGCCAGUUAAAACCUGCCUUGGAGGGUCUCAGCCUAUCAGACACCCAGGUUCUGAUCCACCUAUCCAUUCUGCCUGAGCCGCCUGUGGAACAAAAGGAGCAGCCAGACCCUCCUCCCAUCAGCGGUCCUCGCUGCAUCGCCAUGUUUGACUAUGAGGGAGAGGAGGAGGAUGAGCUGACGUUCUCUCAGGGUGACGUCAUCGCCCUCAUAGAGCUUCUCGGGCAAGAAUGGGGGCGGGGCCAAAUCCACGGACGAAUCGGGAUCUUUCCCCUCAGCUUCACAGAGGUGGUAGAGCCCCUCCCACAGCCAGCGUUGUCACCGGGGGAAACAACCAAACUGGUACCGGCAGACACAGCCGAGACUUCAGCACUGAAAUCUUCACAGGGUCCAGAUUCAGAUAUGGAGGAGUGGGUCGUAGCUCUGUUCGACUUCCCUGGACAGACUGCUGAGGAUCUGUCCUUCCACAAGGGAGCGCUGAUCCAAGUGACCGAGCACAUCGAUGCAGAGUGGAGGAGAGGAAAACUGGAGGGGCGAGAAGGCCUUUACCCAGCAGCCUUCACUCAGCCCUACCAGGCUCAGCCAAUCACAGGCCAGCAGGCGGCGGUUAAAGGCACGGCCAAAGCUGUGUUUGACUUCACAGCCAAGAACGAGGACGAACUCACACUCAAGGUCGGUGAUGUUGUCACACAGGUGGAGUCUGUAGACGAGCAGUGGAUCUUGGGCGUUGUGAACGGGAAGCGCGGGAUUGCACCUAAAAACUACAUUUCAUUUCUCUGAUGGGGAAAUCCUGACCUCAGGUUGGGAGUUUUAAACUGGGAAAGAUGCACAUAAACCCAGUCCAGUGUUUUUUAAAAGACUGAUGUUUUAUUUCUAGACGGCAUGAUGAGAUUUUACUGGACCUAGAUGGACACUACUGGUCAGUUUUGCCUUUCAUGACUGGAUUUAUCUGUUGUUCUUCUUUUGAUCCAGUGGACCGAAGCUGGUGUUUUAUUUCCUCUGGAUUCAUCCAGAUGAUUAUAAAAAACAUUCAGAUUGGAAAUGUUAAAAAAGCCAUUUCUUCUUCACUUUUACCCUUUUAUUAUAUGUUUACAGAAGUUUCAGACUUUAAAAAAAUAUCAGUUAACCAGAUUAUUUUAUGUUUAAUGCAGUGAAACCGUUACAGACGUCACUUUGAGCCUGAUCAGAUAAAUAAAGUGAAUGAGGAGGAGCUCUGCUGAGCGGCUGCACAACAGGAAACGUUAAGUUGGCUUUGGUGUUUUUACAGAAUCUGCAGCCUGAUUAAAGCACAUGCUUUGAUUUCUAGAUGAGUUUAGGCUCCGUGGUCUGACAGCCUCAUAUAGCAUAUAGCCAGACAAAUAACCUGUUUUUAUUCUAGUUGACGUUAGAAGGUUCUUGUGUUUUAUAUCAAAUCAUUUUACUUGUUUAUCACAGCAGGUUUCAUCCUUUAUGCUCAGAAAUCGAUGCUGAAUUUUCUUUCUGUCAGAUGUCGAUCGUUGUUUUCUUAUAAUAAAAACACCAAAAAUAACCAACAGCGUAAGGUGUUCUCGAGUAAAGCUGUUAGACGUGUUACCCUGGCUCAUUUACAUCCACUUGGGCUAUGAAUAACAGUGGAUGUAAUGAAAACAAUUUAAUUAAACUAUAUAAACUCGUGUCUUCACUAAAUGGGAUUAAAAGUCAGAUAACAUUUUACAGAGUGAAACCGGAAGCUGCGUUGGCACCAGAUUAUUGGUAAAUCUUCAGAUAAAACAUUUCCUACCUUUGGUUACCCGAAGCAGUUUUUCUUUUUUAUUCUAAACAUCAUACUGAGCAGGCUGGAGCAACAGUGAAGAUCUGGAAACCAGCUUAAUAUUUUUCCUGUUUCCUCGGUUUAUUUCCUUUGUUCCCACACAGAUUGAGUCUCGGCCACUAACUUAAACUUUUAAGAUCUAUCUUAUGAAAGCAUAUUUUUUUCCUUCCAGGUUUGCAGCCAGUGACUCAGCCGUGAUGCCCGAUUUUACAUAUUUUAAACUAAAAGUGCAGAUAAAAUGAUAUUUGUGUGUUUGCAUCUGAGGCUCAUAUUCAAACUGAAUGAGUUGCUUUUUUAUUUAAAACUAAGAACAAUGAUGUGUCCUUAAAACCAACAUUAAAGGUGGUUUUCUUUUUUUGUUUUUAGGAGAAAAUAUAACAAAGUCAAAUUCAGCAUGAUAGCAUUAUAUGUGAAGUAUUAGAGGUUGAUUCUGGUUCUCUGCUUUUUACGUUGUAAUCUGACUGGUGGAAACAAUAACUGUGUUUAACUGGUCGAAUUUUCAAGUUGUACAACACAUGUACACGUUUUUAUCGUCAAUGAGAGGAAAUAAAAUUCUGCAUCCGC